AUGGUUGUCGGUCCUACUAUGAACACCUCAACAAAAUUCAGCGAUAAUUACGAAGUUAAGGAAGAACUUGGGAAAGGAGCAUUUUCUGUGGUUCGACGGUGUGUACACAAGGCGACAGCGGCUGAAUAUGCCGCAAAGAUUAUUAAUACGAAGAAGCUGUCCGCAAGGGAUUUCCAGAAAUUAGAACGAGAAGCUCGUAUUUGCAGAAAGCUGCAGCAUCCUAAUAUAGGUGAGACACUAUUGCUACAAUUUUUAUUAAUAAUAAUUGGGAGUUCAGUUAAGUGGGGAUGUGUUUCAUAAAG